CGCGCACGGUGCCCUUCGUUUUUUGUCGCCUUGGUGUUUUUACUGUUUUUGUCGCCUUUGUAUUUAGAUGCAAAUCCUGGCGACAGUCAUCGCCGGCGCUGAGAGAUCAAGGUUCCGUCCUGUUCGCCUCUCUCUGUUUAUUUGUCAUGCCCUCCUCCUCGCCUCUCCCUGCCCGCCACCUCUCCUCCACCUCCCUCCCCCCGAUGAUCCCCCGUCGAGUCGCUGUAAUUGGCGCCGGCGCCGCCGGCCUCGCCGCCGCGCGCGAGCUCUGUCGGGAGGGCCACCGCGUCGUCGUCUUCGAGCGCGGCGGUUCGGUCGGCGGAACAUGGGUCUACACCUCCGCUGUCGAGUCCGACCCCCUCGGCCUCGACCCCGCCCGCAAAGUCGUCCACUCCAGCCUAUUCGAUUCCCUCCGCACCAAUCUCCCCCGCGAGUCCAUGGGCUUCCUCGACUACCCCUUCGUCUCCCUCCACCGCCGUGGCGAUGGCGAAGGGGACCCCCGGCGGUUCCCCGGCCACCGCGAGGUGCUUCGCUAUCUGGAGGAUUUCGCUCGGGAUUUCGAUCUCUACGGGAUGGUACGGUUCUGGACGGAGGUUGGCCAGGUGGAGAGGGAAGAGGAUGGGACGUGGACAGUGAGGUCGAGGAGGGUCAGCAGCGGCGACGGCGGUGAGGAGAGCGAGGUCUAUGAUGCGGUGGUCGUUUGCAUCGGCCACUACACAGAGCCUCGGGUCGCCGAGAUUCCCGGUA